GGAAGUCGUUCCCUGCUGCAAAGAAUAAGAAGCGCACGUGGCCACGCAGCUCGCACGCGCGGUUGGACCCGGACGGUUCGAAGAAUCAGAGGUCAACUUUCCCGGUUCUUAAAGCUAUCAUGAAGCCAGGAUUCAGUCCCCGUGGAGACAGAGGAGGAAGAGGAGGAGGAGGAUGGGGUGGAGGACGAGGGGGGUUCAGUGACCGAGGAGGAAGAGGGGGGUUCGGUGACCGUGGAGGAAGAGGCGGGUUCAGAGGUGGACGAGGUGGAGGAUUCCGGUCCCCCGACGGUGGAGGGUUUCGAGGACGCGGGGGCGGCAGAGGAACCCCAAGAGGACGAGGAGGGAGAGGAGGCCGUGGAGGGUUUGGAGGAGGGAAGAAGGUGGUGAUAGAGCCGCACAGACAUGAAGGGGUGUUUAUCUGCAGAGGGAAGGAGGAUGCCCUCGUCACCAAAAACAUGGUGGUGGGAGAGUCUGUGUACGGGGAGAAGAGGAUGAGCGUGGAGGAGGGUGAUACUAAGAUUGAGUACAGAGCCUGGAAUCCUUUCCGCUCCAAACUAGCAGCUGCCAUUCUUGGAGGAGUUGACCAGAUUCACAUCAAACCCGGAGCCAAGGUCAUGUACCUUGGAGCCGCAUCGGGAACCACGGUGUCCCACGUCUCUGACAUCGUUGGGCCAGAGGGGCUGGUCUAUGCAGUGGAAUUCUCCCACCGAUCUGGCCGCGAUCUCCUCAAUGUGGCUAAGAAACGCACCAACAUCAUCCCCAUCAUCGAAGACGCCCGCCAUCCGCACAAGUACCGCAUGCUGGUUGGCAUGGUGGACGUGAUCUUUGCUGACGUCGCUCAGCCUGACCAGACCAGAAUCGUGGCCCUUAAUGCUCACAACUUCCUGAAGAAUGGUGGACACUUUGUCAUCUCCAUUAAGGCCAACUGCAUCGACUCCACAGCAGCUCCAGAGGCUGUGUUUGCGUCAGAAGUGAAGAAGAUGAGCUCAGAGAACAUGAAACCGCAGGAGCAGCUCACCCUGGAGCCCUAUGAGAGGGACCAUGCGGUAGUGGUGGGCAUCUACAGACCGCCACCAAAGCAGAAGAAAUGAGGUGAACGAGAAGACCUUUGACACUGGCUGUUUUUACCUUUUUUUUCUUCCCUUCUUCUUCAGUGUUUUUUUGCUUUUGUAAAGUCCUGAGCCCCCCCCCCCCUCCUCUGACUAAAGACUGGUUGCCCUAACUUCCUCAAAGGAAUAAGCAGCCCUGUUCUCUGACUAGACGAGGCUGGAAAGGUGUCAUUCGUGGUUACUCGCUGCGACUUCAGCCUACUGCUGUCUAAGAAACCUGCUAACGCUUUGAGGUUCAGUUGUCACAAGCGUGGUCCGACUCACAUGUUCGCUCAUCCCUUCAUGGAUGUUUGUGGAUCUCUCCAUGGAAAUAACCUAUAACUGUUUAAGGAGCCUCUCCAGGCGUGAGAGGAAGACCACUUUCAUUUGGUUAUCAGUCCAUCAGAUUGCAUGGUUGAUGAGAAAAUAUAUAUUUGAACCCAGCCGUUUUUCUCCUUUUUUUUAAAUAAAGAAGAAACUUCUAA